AUGUGUGCACCGUUCGCGUCCGACGUCACCACAGCCCGCUGCAUUCCACGCUGUCAGCACCGUCCGUGUCCGAAGUCACCACAGCCUGCUGGACUCCACGCUGUCAGCAGCGUCCGUGUCCGACGUCACCACAGCCUGCUGCACUCCACGCUUUCAGUGCCGUCUGUGUCCGACGUCACUACAGCCCACUGCACUCCACGCUGUCAGCGCCGUCCGUGUCCGACGUCACCACAGCCCGCUGCUCUCCACGCUGUGUGCACCGUCCACGUCAAACGUCACCACAGCCCGCAGCACUCCACGCUGUCAGCACAGUCCGUGUCCGACGUAACCACAGCCUGCUGGACUCCUCGCUGUCAGCACCUUCCGGGUCUGACAUCACCACAGCCCGCUGCACUCCACGCAGUCAGCACCGGGCGCGUCCGACGUCACCAAAUCCCGCUGGACUCCACGCUGACAGCACCGUCCAUGUCCGACGUCACCACAGCACGCUGCACUUCACGCUGUCAGCACCGUCCACGUCUGACGUCACAACAGCCCACUGCACUCCACGCUGUGAGCACCGCCUGCGUCCAACGUCGCCACAGCCUGGUGCACUCCACGCUGUCAGCACCGUCCGUGUCUGACGUCACCACAGCUGGCUCGAUUCCACGCUGUCAGCACCGUCCGUGUCCGACGUCACCACUGAAUGCAGCAGUCCACGCUGUGAGCAUCGUUCACGUCCGACGUCACCACACCCCGCUGCACUCCAUGCUGUCAGCACCGACUCCAUCCGACAUCACCACAGCCUGCAGCACUCCACGCUGUGAGCACCGUCCGUGUCCGACGUUCCCACAGCCCGCUGCACUCCACUCUGUCAUCACCGUCCGCUUCCAACGUCACCACAGCCGCCUGGACUCCACGCUGUCAGCACCGUCCAUGUCCGACGUCACCACAGCCCGCUGCAAUCCACGCUGUCAGCACAGUCCGUGUCCGACUUCACCACAACCCGUUGCACUCCACGCUGUCAGCACCGUCCACGUCCGACGCCACACAGCCCGCCGCACUACACGCUGUGAGCACCGUACGUGUCCAACGUCACAACAGCCCGUUGGACUCCAUGAUGUGAGCAAUAUCCGAGUCCGAUGUCACCACAGCCCGUUUCACUCCACGCUGUCAGCACCGUCCACGUCCGACGUCACCACAGCAAGAAGCACUCCACGCUGUGAGCACCGUCCGUGUCCGACGCCACCACAGCCCGCUGCACUCCAAGCUGUCAGCACCAUCCGUGUCCGACGUCAUCACAGCCUGCUACACUCCAUGCUGUCAGUGCCGGCUGUGUCCGGCGUCAGCCCCGCCUGCUGCAAUCCUCGCUGUGAGCAUCGUCCGCGUCUGACGUCACCACAGCCCGCUGCACUCCACGCCGUCAGCACCGUCCGCGUCUGA